AUGAAACCGCAACAACGAUUUUGCAGGAUGUUUCUUCUGCACUUCCCCGAAGUACUCAAGUCUAGUAUUGACAGUCUUGUGCAAUUAGUGAAUGACGACGAUGGGAAAGACAACACCGAAAUAAUGAGAAUGGUAUACCAUUUCUUGAAGAGAUACCCAAACAUGUAUCCGAAUGAGCUCAAUAACGAUUUGUUGGAGCGAAAAGCAAGAGAAGGAUCGCCGCUGGAAGCGAAAUAUGCUAUCAAGAUUUUGAGUAAGAGCCAGACGAAAGAACUAUCAGGAGCUGCGAUAUCCAAUUACUUGUUACCUAUCGACUCGAAGUCUGAACAUCUCGCAACUCAUAUCUCCUCCAUCGCUACACUUUUCGAAACAGAUCCCAUGGCGGUUGAGACCAGUGCUAGCGACAUCACCAUCACUAUAAUUCAAGAAAUCUUGCUAAAGAACGACGUCGAGAGCAGUGAUGAUACAUGGAUUGAAAACGUCAAAACUCACACUUCACUUAAUUCAAAGAUUUUAGCACUAAGCUUGUUCGUGAACCGUGUUAGGGCUACUACCGAUAAAGAUGAAGAGUCGUUAAAUGAAGUGGGAGUCCCAGUUUUCAAGCUUUUGUAUGCGCUCGUCAACAACGGCGGUGACAUUAUUAGUACAAAGGGUGACAACAAGCCUUUGCCGCAAAACUAUCUGCAACGGUUGCGUCUCGCAGCUGGGUUUGGUCUACUUAAACUCGCAAAGAUUUCCAAACUCGACCACUUUUUUGAUGAACGUAUUUCGUGCUUGGCCUACUUGGUUCAAGAUUCCAACCCAGAGGUGAGAAGUCGGUUUGUCAAAAAGCUACAGGCAAGUAUUACUCACGAAGCCAUUUCCGAGAAGUUCCUUCCAUUUGUAUUCUAUGUGGCCAACGAGCCAAAUACAACCUUGAAGAGCCUGACUUCGUCAUGGGUGAAGUCUUUGUUGAAGAGAGAACAAGGAAAGAACAGUAUUCUCGUGGAGCGAAGCUUGGUGAGACUCAUACACUUGAUAUCUCAUGAAACCAAGUUCUUGGAACAGUUGGAAAACGAUCCUCUGAACGCCUAUGAGUUUGCUGCCAACUAUGUGAUUUACUACUUGCAAUGCGUUGAGCGCAUGGAAAAUGCUUCGCUACUCUACUACCUCGCCAGUCGUGUCAAGCAAUACAGAGACAGCACCAUUUCACCAGAACUUUAUGAGGAAGAGCCUCGUCAAAGUAAGGUUACUGCUUUGUAUUGCAUAGCUGAGUUGUGCCAGUUGGCUAUCAAAGAAGUCUGCGACUAUAAAAAUUACUCCAUGCAAACAUGGCCAGGAAAACUCCAUCUACCCAGCGAUAUAUAUGGACCCAUGGGAUCCAGUGAGGAAGCACACAAGGUAGUGUCAAAAAUUUACAUUUCAGAUAAUAUUCAGAUUGGAUUGAGAAGUUCGAUACGAGCAAAGUUUGGUGGUCUUAAACGCCGUGUUGAUCCACCUAUUUCUCGAACCAAAACCAAGAAAGUGAAGAGAGCUCGUCUGAAACCAAAAGUGAAUAAAAAUGUGCCACUUAGAAGCAGCAAACGCUCAUCAAAGAAGGUGACAUAUGUGGAGGUUGGAUCGGAUGAUUCAGAUGGAAGCUCGAGUGAGUCGGAUGAUAUAGAUGACUCGGAUUUUGAGUAA